UAGUGGUCUCUUCUGCAUAAGCUUGAUCCAUAGCUUGGGCUGCUUUCUUCCUCCAGUUAUAAAUUGUCUGCCUCGGCAAUUUAUUAUUACUGUGCAACACACGGUAACUCUUCCUUUUUCGUGGUCCUGCUGAACCACUGCUUUCGAGUUGUUGAUCCAUUUUGGUCCUUUUAUUAUCAGAAGGAAACCAAAAUGUAGAUCAGUAUAUAUGCUAUAUGCACAGGCAAACUCAAAACCAAAACAACAAUCCAUACGCAGAUUCGUUCAUAUGGAAGCCCAGGCAGAAUGCACGAACAACCAGCGCGCGCUUUCUAGGUAAAUUAAUUUAGCGGGCAAAGCGUUGCACACACAGAAGCCAAUCAGCGUUGAGUGUCGAUUUGGUCUCCAGACGCCACCGCAGACCGCACACUACUGCAUUGCUUCCUUACCUCACGAUCGGUAAUUUCAUUAUUGUUGUCUCGCACUCUGUUCCGGCUAAAAUAUUCGCCGAAAUCACUCUUGCGAUCAAAACAACGAGAUAGUCGUGACAGUGAAUGUAGAAGAAAACGGACUACAUCUUCUUAAUAAUAAAUUACCGACUCUUGUUGGAAACACAAUAAGCAAGGUUGCUCCAGUUAAACUUUUAAUCAUGACGAGCCAAUCUCGACCUUCACCAGAGAAGGCUAAUCAAGAAGGACGUAAUUACGUCGUUAUUGAAUGGUUCCAGUCGAAAAAAACGCAAGUUUGUUUGGUUGACGAAGUAAACAAUAUGGAUGAUCCCCCCAAAAAAGGAACCAAGAAGUACAACGUGAUUUCUGGAAAAGAUAAAAGUGGCAGGCUUGAAACAAAACCAGCUCUGAUUUUACAUGGCCCAGGCACUUUUUGUGAAAUGCAAGAGAUGGAAAAAUUGAGGAAACUUGACGCUGACUGUGUUUUCCCUGGAGAGAGACCCAAAAGGAUCCGAAGGUUGCCUGCCAAAAAUUUAGAAACUGCCGAUGAGGAAGAUAGACCGAGAUCUCCGUCAAAGAAAAUGGGGAAAAAAGCGCAUGGAACCAGUAACAUGCAAAUUGAUCUGUUAAAUGCAAUAUCAAGAGCUAAAGAGGUGAAUUUGCCAAGCGAUGAAGACGAAAACAACACCUCUCUUGAUGGUCCAGGAGCCACUCAAGAAAAUCUGGGCAAAGAACGCAAGAAAGCGAGCAAGAAAUGCAGUACUCAAGAGAAAAGGGCGCCAAAGACGAACACUGUGACUAAGACUGGAGCUGCUAAUAAGGACACCACCACCCAGAAAGUCAAUAUUCACAGUUCCCAAGAGAGGAGCAGGCCUCUGGCCAAAUCCGCUGGUUCCAUGAGGCUGGACGGAGGUCGUGGAAAUAACAGGCCGACUGCUGGAUCGUCUAAGAUGCCUGAGAAAGGAAAGGAGAAGGUUCAGUUUACUGAGAGUUUAGCAGCAGGAACCGGUGAUGGAGAAGAUAGCGACACCUCUUUUGAUGGUCCAGGAGCAACCCAAGAAAAUGUGGGCAAAGAAAGCAAGAAAGCGAGCAAGAAAUGCAGUACUCAAGAGAAAAGGGCGCCAAAGACGAACACGGUGACUAAGACUGGAGCUGCUAAUAAGGACACCACCACCCAGAAAGUCAAUAUUCACAGUUCCCAAGAGAGGAGCAGACCUCUGGCCAAAUCCGGUGAUUCCAUGAGGCUGGACGGAGGUCGUGGAAAUUACAGGUCGACUGCUGGAUCGUCUAAGAUGCUUGAGAAGGAGCAUGACGAAGAUGCUGACAGCACAGAUCAUCGUGAAGUUGAGACACAUUCAUCCGAAGAAAGACGGCGUCAGAUUCAAAGAGAGUGGUCAUCUGAUGGCCUUUUUUCUGAUUGGGAUGACGCUGUCGUUCAAGGUGAGAGCAGUCACGAGGUUGACCCUUUACCAUCAAGGUCGUCUCAGUUUGUGGGUAAAAAACCAAGUCUGGCCAGUGAAGACCGAUCUUGUUGCUGCUCAGUGGAAAUGCUACAGUUAAUUCACGUGCUGGAUAGCAAAAUUGACCUGCUCCUUAAGUCCAGUGCUGCUAUGAGAGGAACGCAAGCUGCUUCCGAUGAACCUGAUUUGCUACAGAUUGUGUGCAACAAUUACAACUACAUCGGCAAUGGCUACGUGCUCCUGAGAGGAAGAUACGCUUCGGUUGAUAUGUACACGAGUCAGCGUCCUGCGAGAUUUGUCACUCAAAUGACAAAGGCCGUGUUUGGAGAUGACAUUUUGAGCAGGUCCCGUCUGAAUGCUGAGCGAGGAGACUUCCUUGCACUUGACUGCAAGCUCGUUGAGUGCAUUUUCCUAAGCCAGAGAGCGUACUGCGAGAUGAACAAUCUCACCCCACUGACUAUGGCAGCAACCAGAAGAAUCGUUUCGAAUGUUUGUCAGCGUGCUAAUCCCAACACAAGUGUGUGGACCAGCCAUGGCUAUCGACAGUUGACAGAAGUUGUUCCCACUGCUGACUGUGAUGAUGCUAGCCACACAGACACAGAAUGAUCCGCAGCUUAUGAGGUGAGAAGUUACUCCAAAAAGUUUAUUUUUGUAUUUUGAAAAUCGGUAUCAAUAAAAUACAGCAAUUUAGGUUCCUAAAAA